GUGUCGGGCGGUCUCGGUCGAGAAUCCGCGUGCGGGGACGCCGGCCGCAGCUUCGCGGGGAGGAGAGAGGAGAAAGUAGGCUAAAACAGGCAAAGGACAUGGAGGCAGAUAUAAUCGCAGGUCUUCGAUCCAAGCUCAAAGAGGUUGAAGAAGAGCGACUGAAAGCUGCACAGUAUGGUUUACAGCUAGUGGAGAGCCAAAAUGAGCUGCAGAAUCAGUUGGAUAAAUGUCGCAAUGAAAUGAUGACCAUCACCGAGAAUUAUGAACAAGAAAAAUAUACUCUUCAGAGAGAAGUAGAGCUCAAGAGUCGAAUGUUAGAGAGUUUGGCUUCUGAGUGUGAAGCCAUUAAACAGCAACAAAAAAUGCAUUUGGAGAAAUUAGAAGAACAGCUGAGCAGACGCCACGGGCAGGAAGUUAAUGAACUGAAAGAUAAGUUAGAAAAGCUGAAAGCAGAAUUGGAUGAAGCAAGGCUGAACGAGAAGCAGCUGAAGCACAAAGUGGACCAUCAGAAGGCACUCCUGUCCUCCAAGUCGGAGGACAUCCGCGCCAUAUGUGAGCGUGCGCACGAAAGCACGUCUUCAGAGAUGCUGGGUCUUCAGCUCGAGCUGACGGAAAUGGAAAGUGUGAAGAUGGCCCUCAAAGAGGAAGUGAAUGAACUGAAGUACCGGCAAGAACAACUGGAACUGCUCAGUAAUAACUUGCUGCGCCAGGUGGAGCGGCUGAAAGAAGAAAAGCAGGAGCGAGAGAGAGAAGCGGUGUCUUACUGCAAUGCCUUAGAGAAAGCUCGGGUAGCAAAUCAAGAUCUUCAAGUGCAAUUGGACCAGGCACUCCAGCAAGCCUUGGACCCCAGUAGUAAAGGCAACUCUUUGUUUGCAGAGGUGGAAGAUCGAAGAGCAGCAAUGGAACGCCAGCUCAUCAGUAUGAAAGUCAAGUAUCAAUCCCUAAAGAAACAAAAUGUGUUUAAUCGAGAACAGAUGCAAAGAAUGAAGUUACAAAUAGCCACCUUGCUACAGAUGAAAGGGUCUCAGACUGAACACGAGCAGCAGGAGCGGUUGUUUGCCAUGCUGGAACAGAAGAAUGGUGAAAUAAAACAUCUUUUAGGUGAAAUUAGAAAUCUGGAGAAAUUCAAGAGUUUAUAUGAAAGUAUGGGGUCUCAGCCUUCAGCCAACUCUGACGUUAUGGAUGAUAGUACCUAUUAUACAGAUUUACUUCAGAUAAAGCUUGAUAACUUAAACAAAGAAAUUGCAAGCACCAAAGAUGAGCUCUCCUUACAGCGAAUGAAAGCAUUAUUUGAGAGCCAGCAAGCUCUGGAUAUUGAGCGAAAACUUUUUGCAAAUGAAAGAUUCUCCCAGCUUUCCCAAAGUGAAAAUAUGAAGCUUAGAGCCAAACUAGAUGAAUUAAAACUGAAGUAUGAACCUGAAGCUCAGGAAGAGGAGGCGUGGGCCUGGCCCAACAACUCGGGAGAUAACUUGCAGUUAGAAAUGACAGUUUCUGAGAACACGCCAAUGGCCAGUCUCUCUCCCAACCAAGGCCAGUCGGGGGAAUUUCAGCCCACAAAGGAGAAGAAGCGUGUGACGCUCGCAGGCGUUCCAGUGGACUCUGAAGCUCUGAGUGAAAGAAGUGGAAACACGCUGAACUCUGCCAGGUUAAUUGCUGAAUCAAAGCUUCAAACAGAAGUUAAAGAAGGCAAAGAAACUACAAGCAAAUUGGAAAAGGAAACUUGUAAGAAAUCGCACCCUAUUUUGUACGUGUCGUCCAAAGCAACUCCAGAGACCCAGUGCCCUCAGCAGUAAAGAUUUUUCUGUAAUGAGAGUAAAGUACCGUGGGCGCCAGAGGUUUCCGUGCAGUUUAGUGAAGAUCGCCUGGUCUGAAGUGUACAGACCGGGGUAGGGGGACAUGUUUAUAUCUGUGCUCAUUGUGCCAGGACCUGCAUUUCCAUGAGGCUUUGGCCAAGUGCUCAACAGUUGGUCAAGACUAACGUGGAGAGUCCUUGAAUUGUGCUCUGUCAGGGCGCUUCUGGAAAUCACUAUAAAUGAACUACCUGAAGGAGACAUAGUUAAUAAAAAUCUUUUGGCUGCACUGCGUAUGGGUGUCUGAGUGAUUUGAGCAGCUAAGGACCUAGUGAUUUACCUUGAGAGCCAUGUAUUUGAAAAGAGAACAGGGAAAUCAUUAACAAUAUUUUCCUGUGUAUUUUUUAUUAUCUUAGCUUUUUCAGUGUACUGUAAAAAUAGGAUAUUUGAUUUUUAAAUAUUUAUUAUAUUGUUACAGGAUUUCAUCGGUGUUUAACGAAACUAUGCUAAUCUUUGUAUUCACAUACACAAUUUAAAUUUUCUUAUGAAACAAGCCAUUUUGACAUCUAAAAUGAAACUGCAGUUUCUUCCCUUUCCUUAUUCUUUCUGUAUAGAAAUCAGCAUGUUACCAAAAGGGAAUAAAGUAGAGAAAAAAAGAAAAUUCAGGAAGUCUUGAUUCCAUGAAACAUAUAUACUUAACUAAUAAUGCAAUUUUCAAAUAAAGAAUUUUUCUCCUUUAAA